AUGCCGGCAUCAGACUUGUUUCAGUAUCUCUCAAGGCUCUUGACAAAUGGGGAUAAUGAGGCGUUAGAACAAGUCCCGUCUUCUGAGGAGAUUCGUCGGGUUGUGUUUAAGAUGGAUGGGGAUAGCGUGGUGGUCCAGAUGGCUACACGGGGAGCCAAGGUUGCCAAAUUUGUCAAAUCUGGGACAACUUUUAAGAAGAAAGCCAAGAAGAUCCGGACCAAAGUUACCUUCCAUCGUCCUAAGACAUUGAAAAAGGACGGGAACCCGAAGUACCCACGCAUCAGUGCUCCUCCUAGGAAUAAGUUGGACCAUUAUCAGAUUCUCAAAUAUCCUUUGACUACUGAAUCUGCCAUGAAAAAGAUUGAAGAUAACAAUACCAUGGUAUUCAUAGUUGACAUCCGUGCUGAUAAGAAGAAAAUCAAAGAUGCAGUGAAGAAGAUGUACGACAUACAGAUCAAGAAAGUGAACACUAUGAUCAGGUCUGAUGGAACAAAGAAAGCAUAUGUUCGGUUGACUCCAGACUACGAUGCUUUGGAUGUGGCAAACAAGAUUGGAAUAAUAUAA